CAAGUUUUUUUCCAGUCACCGGAACAAACAGUAUUGAAAAUGACACAAUAUAUGUGGUCAUGUAAACUGUUCAGUUUACGUUAACGGAAUGUAAAGUUAAUCUGCAGGGAGUCCCGUGUGCGGCGAUAAUUUCAAGCUUGGAGGAUAGCGCGCUACGCAUCUUGGAUUUGUUCGCCACAUACAAGCCUGAAGUAUACUUAUUUGUAGAGUGCGCAGCGAUUGUUAUUAAUGAUUACAAAUGGUUAAACCUUUGCAGUAGUAAUUCUCUACAUGUGUUGCGGCUGCCUAAGCGAGCCAUAAUGCCGGGAUCGUGUUCAAGCAGCGGCGUCGCCGCGGCCGCCUGGAUGCUCUGGCCGCUUGUCGGCGCCUGCAUGGCAGUGGCGGUGCUCGGAUACAAGCCGGUGAUCGUCGUCCACGGGCUUUUCGACAGCUCCAGCGACUUUGAAAACCUGCUGCGAUUCAUCAACCUUUCUCACCCAGGUACCAAUGUGUCCGUGAUCGACCUGUUUGACCGGAGCGCCAGCCUGCAGCCUCUCUGGAAGCAGGUAGAAGGCUUCAGGCAGGCCAUCUACCCCAUCAUGCAGAAUGCCGGCGAUGGAGUCCACUUCAUCUGCUACUCCCAAGGCGGACUGGUGUGCAGAGGGAUUCUCUCCAUCCUGCCGGAUCACAACGUUCACUCAUUCAUCUCCCUCUCUGCUCCACAAGCUGGGCAAUAUGGAGACACGGAUUACUUGAAGUACCUCUUCCCUCAGUUUGUGAAAUCCAACCUGUAUCACCUGUGUUAUACAUCAGUGGGACAACGAGUUUCCAUCUGCAACUACUGGAACGACCCGCAUCACAGAGACAUGUAUAUCAACAGUAGUGAUUAUCUGGCUGUUCUAAACAGUGAGAGACCAAACAGCAACACAACAGUGUGGAAGAACAAUUUCCUGCGCAUUAAGAAGCUGGUACUGAUCGGGGGGCCAGACGAUGGAGUUAUCACACCUUGGCAGUCCAGUUUGUUUGGAUUUUACGACGACAAUGAAACGGUUGUUGACAUGAAGCACCAGGAUGUGUAUUUAAGGGACUUAUUCGGGCUGAAGACGCUGGACGCUCGAGGCGACUUGGUCACUUGUGUGGUCCCUGAUGUCCUGCACACCAAGUGGCACUCAAACUACACUGUGUACACCAGGUGUAUAGAUAAAUGGCUCGCAUAGAGCCUUGCGUGUUUGAUCCGUAUCCUCACAUCACCAUGCGUUUGAACCGGCGCAUACAGACAAACACAUAUUGCCCAGUUGCACGACUUUCUUCACUUGCUUAUUUUUGCACUCUUUCAAUGCCCUUUAUGAUUUAAAUCCUAAAGAAAUUUCCCAAUGAGACCCUAAUAAUUUCCAAUCCAUGCCAACAGAGGGUCUCAUGAAGGUUUUUUUGGUCCCUGACAUAUCAAAAAAAAAAGCCUUAAUGUCCUGCUUUGCAUUUUCAGUUUUUUUGACAUUUCAAAACCGAAGUGCUAUAACACACUGCCUCCAGUGAAGGUGCUAAGGGUGGGGGGGUAUGGGAAUAUGGGGGGUCCCCCAGAGGGGGAACCGUGAGACAGUUUUGCAUUUUGCAUCUUUCCCAUCGAGUGCAGCAUCUGUAAAACACCUCCCUUGACGUUCAUUAGCAAUCUCAGGCAAACGGUCGUAUAUUUCAGCGGGUUUAUGUAAAAGGAACGGUUUUUCAGAAGCAUUAUUUUAGUUGUAGAUGUAUUGUUAUUGGUGAUACUGUGUAAAAUUUCAUUUUGAAGAGUGAUUCGGAGCCUUGUGUUAAACAGAGCGUCAAUUUUAAGAAAAUAACUUCAUUAAGUUUGGGAACUGUUGCACAUAGAUUUGAUAAAUGUUCUGAACUUUACUGAACUGUAGUUUGAUAUAAAGGAUAAUUGGAUAGUAUUUUUGUAUAACUAUUACUGUCUUCUCCAGUAUUAUAGAAGUAUUUUAAAAAAGGACUCUAUUUCCAGGAUUUUUCACUUUGAGAAGGGAUUUUUGACACAACAAAUUUUCAGCAAAUAAAGUUCUGGGUCUGUAGGAACUGAGAACAAAUGUAUCAUGUACUUUUUCUUUUGACAACUGGUUUCUUAUUUCCUGAGGGAAAUGACUAACUUUCUUCCCUCGAUUCUGUUGGACUCAGUCUUAAUUUGUUCAGAAAUUUUGUUGAAAGAAGACUUCACCUACCAAUGUGCUUUACAGUUUUUACUCCGAAGUAAACCUUUGAUUGUACAUGUGAUUCAAUAUGUUAUGGGAAUGUUAACUUUGUCUAACAUAAAGCCAAUAAAAUGGUAAUAUCA